AGGUAGCCGGCGCCCGGCGCCUCCGGGAGGCGGUGAGGACCGGGAAGCUGCCGGCCCGCCUGGGGUCUCGGGGGCUGCGCUCCCGGACCACCGUGCGUGGCCAGCAUGGAUCCGGGCGUGGGGAACGCACUGGGAGAGGGGCCGCCCGCGCCCCGGCCCCGCCGCCGCCGUUCCCUUCGCCGCCUGCUUAACCGCUUCCUGCUAGCUCUGGGCAGCCGCUCCCGCUCGGGGGACUCGCCGCCCCGGCCCCCGGCCCAGCCCAGUCCCUACGAUGGCGAUGGAGAAGGGGGCUUUGCCUGCGCCCCGGGCCCGGCACCAGCCUCUGCCGGGAGUCCAGGGCCAGAUCGUCCUCCGGGAUCCCAACCCCAGAUAUCUUCGGGUGACGGGGCGCGUCCGCCCGGCGCUCAGGGCUUGAAGAACCAUGGCAACACCUGUUUCAUGAACGCGGUGGUGCAGUGUCUCAGCAACACCGACCUGCUGGCCGAGUUCCUAGCGCUGGGGCGCUACCGGGCGGCGCCGGGCCGCGCCGAGGUCACCGAGCAGCUGGCGGCGCUGGUGCGCGCGCUCUGGACGCGCGAAUACACGCCCCAACUUUCCGCAGAGUUCAAGAAUGCUGUUUCUAAGUAUGGCUCCCAGUUCCAAGGCAAUUCCCAGCACGAUGCCCUGGAAUUCCUGCUCUGGCUUCUGGAUCGUGUCCACGAGGACUUGGAAGGCUCAGCUCACGGGCUGGUAUCUGAGCAGCUGCCCCCAGAAGUGAGUAAGAUCUCAGAGGACCUCCGGCCAUCUGCAGCUCCUACCUCCUUAGGGCCCAGCUUUGUGCAGAGCCACUUUCAAGCACAGUACAGGUCUUCCUUGACUUGUCCACACUGCCUAAAACAAAGCAACACCUUCGACCCUUUCCUGUGUGUGUCCCUUCCCAUCCCCUUGCGCCAGACGAGAUUCUUGAGUGUCACUUUGGUGUUCCCCUCAAAGAGCCAGCGGUUUCUGCGUGUUGGCUUGGCCGUGCCAAUCCUCAGCACAGUGGCGGCCUUGAGGAAGAUGGUUGCAGAGGAAGGAGGUGUCCCUGCAGAGGAGGUGAUCUUGGUUGAACUGUAUCCCAAUGGAUUCCAGCGGUCAUUCUUUGAUGAAGAGGACCUGAAUACCAUUGCAGAGGGUGACAAUGUGUAUGCUUUCCAAGUCCCUCCUUCACCUGGUCUGGGGACGCUCUCAGCCCAUCCGUCUGGUCUGUCAGUGUCACCGCGCUUGCCAGUCCGUGACAGCCAGCGAUUCUCUGGGCCUCUCCACAGCGAGAACAGGGUGGUCUUUCUCUUCUGUAACCUGGUGGGCUCAGGGCAGCAGGCGAGCAGGUUUGGACCACCGUUCUUGAUUCGGGAAGAUAGAACAAUCUCCUGGGCCCAGCUUCAACAGUGUAUUCUCAGCAAGGUUCGAUGCCUCAUGAGGAGUGAGGUCUCUGCACAGGACCUGGGGACUCUGUUCUCCAUCCGGGUUGUGGGGCUCUCCUUGGCCUGCAGCUACUUAUCUCCAAAGGACAACCGGCCCCUUUGCCACUGGGCAGUUGACAGGGCUUUGCACCUCAGGAGGCCAGGAGGCCCUCCUCAUGUCAAGCUGGCUGUGGAAUGGGACAGCUCUGUCACAGAGCGCCUGUUUGGGAGCCUCCAGGAGGAACGGGUCCAGGAUGCAGACAGUGUGUGGCGGCAGCAGCAGGCACACCAGCAGCCCAGCUGUACCCUGGACGAAUGUUUUCAGUCCUAUACCAAGGAGGAACAGCUGGCCCAGGAUGAUGCAUGGAAGUGCCCUCACUGCCAAGUCCUCCAGCAGGGUGUGGUCAAGCUGAGUCUGUGGACUCUGCCCGACAUCCUGAUCAUCCAUCUGAAACGGUUCUGUCAGGUGGGAGAGAGAAGGAACAAGCUCUCCACGCUGGUGAAGUUCCCACUGUCUGGACUCAACAUGGCUCCCCAUGUAGCACGGAGGAGCACCAACUCCAAGGCGGGGCCCGGCCCUUGGUCCUCCUGGAAGCAGCCGAUCUGCCUCCCCACCACCUACCCGCUGGACUUCCUCUACGACUUGUAUGCUGUCUGCAACCACCAUGGCAGUCUGCAAGGUGGGCAUUACACAGCCUAUUGCCGGAACUCCCUGGACGGCCAGUGGUACAGCUAUGACGACAGCACAGUGGAGGCCCUGCGAGAGGAUGAGGUCAACACCAGGGGGGCUUACAUCCUAUUCUACCAGAAGCGGAACAGCAUCCCUCCCUGGUCAGCCAGCAGCUCCAUGAGAGGUUCCACCAGCUCCUCCUUGUCUGAUCAUUGGCUCAUGAGACUCGGGAGCCUCAACAACAGCACAAGGGGAAGCUUGCUGUCCUGGAGCUCGGCCCCCUGCCCCUCCAUGGCCCGGGUACCCGACUCUCCUGUCUUCACCAAUGGUGUCUGCCACCAGGACAAGGGAGGAGUUGAGACCAGACCUUUGGUUCGGGGUGUUGGUGGCCGAAGUAUCAGCAUGAAGGCAUCUCCUGCUUCCCGAUCCAGGCAUGGGCCCUUCAAGACCAUGCCCCUGAGGUGGUCAUUUGGACACAGGGAGAAACGUCCCGGGGCAUCCGUUGAACUGGUGGAAUACCUAGAGUCCAGAAGAAGACCCCGUUCUACCAGCCAGUCCAUUGUGCCGCUCUUGACUCGUGCUGCUGGUGGGGAAGAGACUUCAGCGUCACCGAGGUCAGAUGGCACCCUUCCUGCUAAAAGUGAAGACAGCGGUCGAGCCAUUGGGCAAGGAACAACUGGGGUGCCCCUUUCCUCAUGCCACCUCAACCACCAUCCAGCCCUGGGGUCUUUAGAUGACAGUCUGCACACUGCCAGGACACGAACGGGGAAUGUAAGUCAGGAUAUCAGGCUCCCAAAAAAGUUUGACCUGCCCCUCACUGUGAUGCCCUCAGUGGGGGAUGAAAAGCCAGCUCGCCCUGAGGGCCAGAAGAUGACACCUUGGAAGGGAAGUAGCCAGGUGGGAAGCCAGAGUAGCCCACCUUCCCCCUCCACUGGCUUGCUUAGAAACUUUAAGGACAGUGGCCCAGGUACCUUACCCAAGAUGAAGUCUAAGGCUGCCAUGGAGGAAAGGGCCCCUGACAAAGACAGGGGACAGGGGACAUUCACUCUUUUGAAGUCUGUGUUUUGGAAGAAAGAACACAAGAGGACUGUCAGGACUGAGAGCUCACCACCAGCACCCCCAAUCUCCCUAGGGAGUGACCGGCUGAGCCCUGCUGCCAUGAAUGAGCAGGCCCUCAGGAUUCGAGAGAGCCCAGCCAAGGGCCUGGGCAACCACAUGGAGAGGGACAUCAGAUCUGCGCCCAGCUCUCUCCACCUCCCCCGAAAAGCCAGCAGGCCCCCUCGAGCCAGUACAGCUGGCACCUCACAAAGGACCAUUCCUGGGGAACAGAUUUCUUAUGGCACCCUGCAGAGAGUGAAAUACCACACCCUUUCCUUAGGUCGAAAGAAAUCCUUACCUGAGUCCAGCUUCUGAUGGAAACAUUUCAGUGUUGUGUGAAGCCGCCAUCCCUGGGGCUGUACACUGAGAAUCUGUAGGCUCUUGUGUCCAGAGUGGAUUUUCUAGAAUCCAGUUGACUUGUGGCCUCCCCCCACCCCCCCAAAAAAGAAAAGUUUGGUCUCUGUAACUCUUGUCAUAUUCCAAUAACCUGGUGUCAAAGUGGUUGGGUUCCCAUUGCUGGGUUUUGAUACAGCCUGGCCACUAGACGGUGCUGCUGAGCCCAAAUUAUCAUGACAAGGCUAAAAUUAGUGUUUGGUGUAUGUAAGUCCAGGGCCUGCCAUAGUCUACUAAAAAGACUCUGAUGUCACGGCAGAUACUCACUCUCACCAGCUUGUGUGCCCCUAGCUUACAUGCCCUGCUUCUUUUCUUCUAUUCUCCCUUCUUCCUCUCCCUCUUCCCCUCCCUCCCUCCUUUUUCCCAUUCUUUCCUUUCAUUUUUUUAAAAAUAAAGGGCUUGUAAGAAAGAUCUUUUCCUUUUCAUGCUUGUCUUGGAUAAGUGUCAAAGAUGCCAAGAAAAGAAAAGAAUAAGAGAUAGAGUGUGGCAGUGGCGGUGAGAGAUGGGAGCGUGACAGUGGCGGCGAGAGAUGGGAGAGAAGAGACUGAUAUCUCAGGAAGAUUACUUAAUAUAUAGCAACAAAAUUGUAUUACAGCUUUUCACGGUAUUUUAAAAAGAUAACUAUUUUGAUAUCAGAAUAAAGAAGGUUUUUUUAAAAAAAAUAUGAGAUCUAUGCACAAUUUUAAUAAAAAUUGUGUUUGUGAAACUUGCAAAUGGCGGACUGAAUUACUGAAAUUUGAAAAGUGACUCACUUCAUUCCUGUUACAUUGCAUAGUCAGUCACAGCUUGUUGCUAUCUAUCAGAAUGCAGUUGCCUGUGUUGUUUCUGAAACUUGAGAGGGAAAAAAAAGCUCUUAAUUAAAAUUAUUUGUGCCUCCAUC